GCCUUCUGACUUGCACAUUCGGCAACAUCAACAACACGUGUGACCUGAAGAAAAACAUGGAUAUUUACCGGCCUUCAUAGACCGAACCGAAAUCAGUGAGUCAAGAAAGCCAGAUGACGUUGGAACCACCUCGCUACUUGUUUUGGUUGUCUGAAGUUCCCUGUGUUUACUUGUAAAUAAUCAGUUUCCUGAUAGAUUUAGAAAAAAAUGGAUUUUACUGCCAAACAUGGGCUGGUGCUGCUCGAACAGCUGCGGAAGAUGAGAGAGGUUGAACAUCUGACGGACGUGGUGCUAGUCGCUGAGGGCAUCAGCUUCCCCUGCCACCGAGUCAUUCUGUCCGCCUUCAGCCCAUACUUCCGUGUUAUGUUCACGUGUGGUUUGCGGGAGUGCAGUAACAGAGAAAUAUUCCUGCGUGACACGCCUGCAGACAGCCUGGGCCUCCUCCUGAACUACAUGUACACCUCAGAUCUUCCUCUCACUAAUGACAAUGUGCAGGGUAUAUCAAUUGCAGCUUUUCUCCUGCAGAUGGAUGAUGUCUUUGCACAUUGUCGGCAGCACAUGACUGAGAACAUGGAUGCUUCCAACUGUCUCGGUGUGUAUUACUUUGCCCGUGACCUUGGUGCAGAGGAGCUGGCUGAUCACGCUCAGCGCUUCCUGAGGCAGCACUUUGUCCAAGUCUGCCAGAGUGAAGAGGUUCUAGAGCUGGAGGCCCAUCAGCUUGGAAAGCUCCUGAGUUCUGAUGAUCUUAAUGUAACAAGAGAAGAAACUAUCUUAGAUGUUGUUCUAUACUGGGUCAAACACAACCCCCUGAUGGAUGGGGAGGUCCGUAUUCGGCAUCUACCAGAACUUCUGAGGAAAGUCCGUCUGCCGCUGAUAAACCCUGACUACUUAAGAGAGGCCAUGAAGAGGAACACAGCUUUGCUGGCUGAUGCUGAAUGUCUGGAGAUGCUGAAUGAAGCUCUGGAGUCUACAACCAUGAAUCCUUCAACUGCACCACGCGAACUCAAGCUGAGGUACGGAAUGGAAACCACAGAUCUUCUGCUUUGUGUUGGUAAUGAUGGUGGAGGGAUCAGGUCAAGGUAUGGCAACUACACAGAGCGCAGCUUUUGCUUUGCCCCUUCCACCGGCCGAGCCUACUACUUCACCUCCCCUCGCUAUGGAGAUGCUCUGGGGUAUGUGUGUGCUGGAGUUGUAACUGAAAGAAAUGACAUUAUUGUAGCAGGAGAAGCCAGUGCACGCAGAAUGGCCCGACAGAAAGAUAUGACCGUUGAAAUCUACCGGUAUAAAGUGGAAGCUCAGGGAAGCUGGGAACAUCUAACAUCAGCAGAGUACCGGGACUCCUAUGCCCUAGGAUCUCUGGGAGACACGCUGUACCUCUUGGGGGGGCAGAUGAAGCUGAAGAACCAGUUACUCAUAACAAAUUGUGUGGAGCGGUGGUCUCUGCAGGGAGGGCCCUGGCGGAGUGCAGCACCACUGCCUUUGCCUUUGGCCUAUCACAGUGUUGUCAGAAUGAAAGACUGCCUUUAUGUGUUGGCUGGCCGCACCCCACAGUCAUACCGCAUGGAUGAUGAGCCGGACCGUCUUAGUAACCGCCUCCUGGAGUACCAUCCAAACACAAACAAAUGGACAGAGCUUGCUCCAAUGAAGUACUCCAAGUACCGCUGCAGCGCUUUAGUGCUGAAUGGGGAAAUCUUUGUUAUAGGAGGAAUAGGAUGUGAGGGCAUGGACCGUGGACAGUCACGCCAUUGUCUGAAUGCUGUAGAGAUCUACAACCCAGAUGGCGAUUACUGGAGGGAUGGACCUCCUCUCCCAUGUCCCCAGCUCUCACUGCGUACUAAUGCCUCUAAUGCAGGGGUUGUGGGAGGAAAGAUUUAUGUGUGCGGAUAUUACAAAGGAGCAGAUCGUCAUGAUGACAUAACAAAGGACAUACUGGAGUUGGAUCCAUGGGAGAACCGGUGGACAGUGGUGACCCGGCGUGCACUGAUGCAUGACAACUAUGAUGUCUGCUUGGUGGCAAGUCUCAACCCGAGGGGACUCAUGUCUCCACCGUCCGACUUAAUCAAACUGUGAUCCACAGCUGUCAGUCAGACCCGAGUUUGAGUGGGGGAAAUUAAAGCCCUUAUUUUUGGGUCAAAGGCAUUCAUUUUUUCAGACAGAAAACGUCUCAACACGCUGUGUGGAAUAGAUUAUGUGCUUAAUGGCUUGAAUGUACUUUGGUAGGCAGAAAUGUCAUUUGUAAAUAUUGUUUAAUGUGUGUGUUGCACAUGCAGAGAGGAUUUACUGAAUCUUACAGCUGCACAGUCAAUAUUCAGACCAGCUUGUUUUUUAGAAAUAUAAAAAAGUGAUUCCCUUUACAUGUAUCAUGAUUAAUAACGACAUGCAUUUCUUUGAUACAACAUAUGAGACGAACUUGGAUUCGGACUUCCCGAGAAAAGACCCUUAAGUUUUUGAUGACUACAAGUACAAUGUGGCAACCCAUAUGCAGAAAGCACCUGCUGAUAGUUUAGAAAUUAAACAUUUUACAUUAUAGUCUUUGAGCUGUUUAUUUCUGGUAUGCUUGCUGAAGCUGAAUAAAAAUGUAAUUGUUUUUGGAAAUAAAUAUGCAGUUUAUUUGGA